AUGCAGAAACUUCCUAGUGAAAAUAGCCGGUCUGCCCUUCCCAAGCUUGCGGCCAGCUGCAGCGACACCCCAGCCUCGCUCCCGUGCUUCCUAAGCCUGUGUGGAGCCCACUUGAGGGCCGCCCCUCCCCCUCCAGCUCCGUAUCCCGGCGCUGUUGAGGUGCCUGCCACCUUUGCAGCGACGCCAGGGUCUGCAGCCCGCGGAGGCUCCCAAGCUGGAGUGCAUAGGCUGCGAGCUUUGUCCUUUCACAGAGAGAAACGUCGGUGGAAAGGUUGGGCAAAAAAAAUUGGUCCAGAUGCAGCAGUCUCAUCCUGCAGCACAGACUUUCUCGGAGAUUUCACGAGAUCCGGGCACCUGCUAGGAAGGACCUGCUACCCGGGCUCUGCUGCAGAAGGCGCUGAGGUCCGGGAACCUGGAACCCCCAGGCUGGGGAUCUGUGCUUACGUGCAAGGGCCGCAGCCUUAUGGAGGAUUCCUGAGCCCCUGCAAAAGCUAUGCGCAGGAAAUCUGCGUCGCCGCCCCGCCCGACCCCGCAGCCGCUGGGAGCGAGCUCCUGGGGGAGGGGGCGGAGGCCAGCGCGGACAGGACGGGGCGGGAGUCAUCGCAGCAGCGCGCGCCGGGCCGCAGCCGCGCAGACACCGCCCGGGCUUCAGCCGCCUUCGCUCCUCGCUGCUGGCUCCGCGCCCUCGCCCAGCUCUGCGGUAGGCAGCAGGCCCGCCGGAACGCGACUCCGGACUUCGCGACUGUCGCCAGGCCUGCCGCCCCCGCCGCUCAGACGCGCGACCCUGCGCCAGCGCCGCAGCCACCUGCUCCCAGUCCCUGGGCGAGGACAACCAUGCGCCCCACUCUGGCGUUCUCCGCGCUGCUGCUGCUGCUGCUGCUGCUGCCGCCGUCUCUCUCCCAAAAUGCUGGAGUGACUGACAUGCCUACUACCAAAUCAGACCCUCCAACAGAAACCACUAACAGAGCAUCGACCAAACCCACAACUGUUGAUCCAGUGACAUCCACUCUUCCUCCAGCCCAGCCAACCACGGCAUCAUCUAGUGACUCAGCAGACCAACCUUUGACAACUGCUCAUACAUUGACCCCAGACUCCAGGGUCAAGCAAAGUGGUAGCAGCCCUACUCCAACCUCCAGCAGCUCCCAAGAUGACAAGACUAAAACAAGACCCCCCAGUACCAACAGCCCCCCUAGUAGCAGUGGACAGCCAGUCUCCUCUGGAGGCACUGACAAUGUUACCACUGCACCACCAACCACUUUGGGAAGUAACCAGCUAACCAACAAUGCUUCUUCCCAGCCUACUGGCAUGCUUAUUCCCUCAAAGCUUCCUCUUACCCCCAUAGCAGACAGCACCACAAGCCCUCACCAACCUAUGGCUACUCCUUCGCAGAGCACAGAGAGCCAUCCUGAUGGACAGCACAUCCCUACCACUGUUUCCAGCAGUUCUGACUCUGUGUCCAGCACCGCCUUCUCUGUGUCAUCAAGGAAGCCUACCACACACAUAACACUGGGUAGCUCUGAAGUAACUCAUCCCACCACCACCCAGAUGCCAGACGCCUCAACACAGCCUUUCUCCACACCACGACAGCCUACAGAGUCUCCAGUGGGAACUGAGGUCAUGCCUACCACUGAGGAGUUUACACACACCAGCUCUGUUUUGACUCCAGUGGCCCCUCAGGGCCCCAGCACGCCCUCUUCCAUCUGGACUUUUGGGCAUUACAAGCUAAAAUGUGAUCCUGCUGUAAUGCCGGGUGAGGAACUCCUCAUUCUGAACCUCACGGGAGCCAGCCUUUGUGAAGGGAGCCCUCCGAAUGAAAAACUUGUGGAGCUGCUGUGCCAUUCCAUCAAAGCCUCCUUCAACUCGGCUCAAGAUCAGUGCACUCUACAGGUGGCACCUAUUCUAAAGAGCCAGGCAGUGGCAAUGAAGAGAGUCACUAUUGAGACGAAGCUUCUUCCUAAGGCUGUGUAUGAGCUGCUGAAGGAAAAAUGGGAUGACCUGAGAGAGGCGGGAGUCAGUGACAUGACACUGGGGAGGGAAGGACCACCAGAAGCCAAUGAGGACCGCUUCAGCCUGCCACUCAUCAUCACCAUCGUCUGCAUGGCAUCCUUCCUGCUCCUUGUUGCUGCCCUCUAUGGCUGCUGUCACCAGCGCAUCUCCCAGAGGAAGGACCAACAACGACUCACAGAAGAGCUGCAGACAGUAGAGAAUGGUUACCAUGACAACCCAACCUUGGAAGUGAUGGAGACUCCUUCUGAGAUGCAGGAAAAGAAGGUGGUCAACCUAAACGGGGAGCUGGGGGACAGCUGGAUCGUCCCCCUGGACAACCUGACCAAGGAUGAUCUAGACGAGGAGGAGGACACCCACCUCUGAGCAGUCUGCUAGCUCCCCUGACAGCACCGCAGCGCUCCAGACCACCCAAAGUGCCAUUGGACAGAGGGGAAGGGAGAGUGGACUCCAAGGGCUGCCUCCUCCCAAUCCCCACAGGGCCUUAAUUUUAAUUUUCCCCUUUCAAGUUCAACGAAGUCACAUUCUGUCCAGUUUCCUCGUGUAAAAUAACCCACUUGUGCCUGAGCCGCUGGAAGGCGAGAGGAUGAUGGAGAAAGCCAUGUAAGGGGCUUUGGUGCGUCUAGUGGUGGGAUCCUCUCAGCUUGUGAGAUGACCGAGGCCUCAAGAGGUCAGGUGACUUGCACAGGGUCACACAGCCAUUUGGUGACAAAGACUGUUUCCUUAGUAUGGUGCUUAAUUGCACCAUGCCGUGCUACUGUGUUCACUUGUGCCCACUCUCCAAGGCACAAGAUGCUUGGCUGGGGGGGGGGGGCUGGAAAGAAAAACAAGCCCCAUGGUCUCAAAAGGACAGGUCCUGUAAUAUGGUCUCUGCUCGCUUCUUGUAGCCCAUCUCCCAUGAGUCAGUCUUUAGGCCCACUAUUUCCCAGGGCAUGACUUUGAACCUCUUUUCUAGAUUCUGAUUUCCUUGACUUUGCUUAAUGGAAUUGGGACCUAACCCACACAGGCCUCAAUAGCCAAUGGAGUCUGCCUCAAGGGUGGGUGGGCAGGCAGAGAGAGAGGGAGCUCAUGCCCAGAUGGCUUCCUCAUGGCAGCUGAUUCUGUACUGACACUGGCCUAACACCCGAGGCGCUGCUAGAAGACACUCCCCAAAACGAAUUCUGCCUUUCUUCAUCCACUAGGAACAAAUCUGCAAUAGCUACUGAAAGCAAGAUGUUCCCUUUUUGUUGUUCACUGCUGAACUGAGAGGGUGACUCCUUGAAACCCAGUGUCACAGAGCAACUGUCUAGAGACAGACAUGUUCUGGGGUCCUGACUGGUCCCUGAUCAGCAUAUGUGUCUCAGUAGACAACGGAUCUAACCUACCAGGCAUUAAGGUUCCACAGGAAGCUCAGGGACUUUCCAAGUUGCUGAGACAUAUGUUGUGUAUAUGUUUAGUUCCGCUUCCCACUGCCAAAGGCCAAAGCUCAGACCCUGGAGACUUUUGGCUAAGUUCUCUACUUCGCACCCUCCUUUGCCAUGGAGAAAGAAAAGCCCAUAACAUGUAGUUUUAAGGUACCCGCUCUCCCAGUAUGGAACCAGGCUUUUGUUUCCUGUGUUCUCUCGGUGACACUCAAGCUGUCCCAUUUCUGGUGGCAUCUCAGGGAAACAUAAAACCAUGCUUAGUAGCUAGCACAGGAUUUUUAUAGGCUUAGCGGUGUCAGGUGGCCAUGUACAAGGCUGCUGAGGGUUUUCUUAGGGGUAAGGGGGUCCUGUGUGGAGCUCUGAUCUUGGCCCACAGUCUGUUUUGUUCUUGGGCAUAAAUUCCCAUGAUCAGCUGUCUGCUUUGGAGCCUGUGGGAGGACAGGUGUCCUGCCUACUUCCACCUUCACAGCUGUCACCCUGAGAUAGAUGCUAGGGAGAAACGGCUGCCAAAAAACAAGGAAGGCUCUUAGUGAGGUUCACAGGAACUUGAAAGAUGCCAACAAGAACCCAAGAGCCCCUUGGCUUGCUUCUCUCAGAUUUGCAAGGGAGGGUGGGGAGCAGUGCUAACUGGAGGGGAAGUUAGGCCUGUUUGCUUCCUGCAUUAGAUUCUGUCACCCAGUGGGUUCAUUCUGAUACGGCCUGUGUGAGAAACUCGACAGGAUUUCUUCUCCGUCACUACUUCAGGGUCACAGUGCACGGGGCAAGGCCAUUUGACAGACAGCAAAUACCAUUUCUGCAAACGGGUCACAGACUCCAACCCCUCAGCCCCUCAGACAGGACUGCAAGAGUAGACGAAGGGUAUUGUAUCUUGGCUGGAGGAACAGUCGUGACUCUGCCCAAGCUGGUUGGCCCUUGUGUUGCCUUUUAGUACAGCUCGAGAAUUUGAUAUCUAGCCGCAGUUUGUUCUCACUGCUGGACAUCUGCUCAACAGGACACACUUUGGACAACAUACUGGUGAAACUGAAGAAUAAGCUGAAAUCGGCAUUUACCUAUUUUUGAGAUGUAAAUACAAGGGCCAAACGCUUGUUUACCCAGCACUGCUUUCAGAGUAAACUUUGGGGAAACAUUUGGUAGCUAGGAGAGAUAGCUAAGCCUUUUUUUCUCUGAAGAAUGUAAAUGUUGGGCUAGAGAGAUGGCCCAGAGGUUGAGAGCGCUGGCUGUUCUUCCCAAGGUCCUGAGUUCAAUUCCCAGCAAUCACAUGUAGCUCACAACCAUCUACAAUGAGAUCUGGUGCCCUCUUCUGGACGGCAGGCACACAUGCAGGCAGAAUACUAUAUAAGUAAUACAUUUUAAAAAAAAAAGGAGAAAAAGAAUGUAAAUGUCUAGUAGAAGUAACUUUUAAAAAAUGAAAACUGUAACAAGACAGGCUGGUAACAAAGUAUUUCCCUUGUAGAUAAGGGGCUUUAAAGUUUAAACUAUUACCCUUGCUCCUCCCUAGCCAAAUCUCAAUCCUACUGCGGUGUGGGGUAGAGUUCAGAAUGUGCUUAAUGGGUUGUGACAGUCACAGGGGAAAAGUUUGGAGCUACAGAUCAGUCUUCCUAUAGGAAGACACAUCUGAAGCCACAAAGUGAGUGAAGGAGUCAAAACCAACCCGGUGACAGACAGAUUCUGCCCACCCUGUGCUGUGUGUUUCUCAAGCACUCACAGGACACCACCAGUCCUUCCCCACAAUUACCCUGACAAUGCUGGGGAGGAUACAGGGACACAAACAGCCAUGUGCUGGGUUCUGGAAUCAUUUGGGUCCAAAAUGUAAAUAAACAUUAUCGGGGUUUGUUUCUUCCUCUCAGUUAGGAAAUAAUUUUGAAAACUCACUGAGGAACGUGCAGUAGAACAAGGAUCAAAGGGAAUACACAGCAAGGCAGAGGGUGGGAGAAGCCCUGCAGCAGAGCUCUUCACUGCCAGUCACCUGCUGCUUCCCUCAGGCCUGCUGAAAACCCAACACUGAGCAGGGAUCAUUGUUUCAUGGGGCCUUUCUGUUUCUUAGUGAAUGUCAGCUUGCCCAGGAGCCUGGGGAGCAUAUGUUGUAGAGGACAGGGGUCUGACGUACACUGGAAUUUACUGAGAAACUAUUGCAUUUUCUUAUAAAGUAUAUUUUGGAAAAAUGUAUACUGUCAAUUAAAGUGCUUUUCUGUACAA